GAACGAGAAGCACGAACACUAAGGAAUUUGUUCAGUGGUGUCUGUGUCUGUGAAUUAUAUUGAAGGAAAAAGAGUGUUUUGUUUAUAAAUUUAAUUGCAAAAACUGCACAUCGUCACACGGGGCGCGUGCACACACAUCGGCGCACACGCACACCCACGCCCAGGCGACACGCAAAACGCAAAACCGAGUGUGUGUUAUCAAUGGAGUGUGUGUUCCCCAACGCCAAGUGAAUUUUUUUCGUUGAGACCGAGGGACGGAAAAAAAUGGCGCCCGCAGCCAGAGCAACUUGACUUUCUUUUCGGUCUAUAUACAAGUUGUUCGCCCCCGUCUCGUCGUCGGCGAGCGAAUGCGGUGAUUUUAUUUCGAUUUCGUCGCAGUGCGAUAUAUCCCCAAGAAGAAACCUAACGAAUAUUGAUGAUAAAGUGCUUGUGGGACCCCCCCAAACGUAUUUGAAUUUGUUGUGUACAUUUUGGCUUCGAACACAGCCGCAAAAAUACCAUUACCAAUUUCCACUUACUACUACUAGAGAGGAGGCUAGUAUUUUGUACGUGCUUUAGAAUACAUACAUACAUACCUACAUAUACCACAAGCAAGCGAGAAGUGCAAUUACAUUUGCGUUUGGAAAUUUUGCGCUUUUUUCUCUUCCGUCCUCCCACCCAACAAAAAAAAAUAUCCCCGCUCCCCCCUCCUCUCUCUCUUUCUAAACCCGCAUUGUGCUAAAUAAUGUGCGCCGCCCAGAAUCCGCCGCCCUUCGGCUAUACCUGGGGUUUUGCGGACAACGGCAACCGCGCCACCGAAUCGGUACUGGAGAUAUCGCCCAACAUCAACUAUACGGUCAGCGGGGAGUCGAUGCCCUAUCUAUUAUCGACGGAUGGAUUAGCAGUUCAAAAGGAUGUCAAAGGGCUCACAGCUGGCGGCAAAAAUAAUGUUGUUCGUCGCAUGUUUGUCGUAAACGAUCCAUCAUUUCCGCCUGGAACACAAAGAGUUAUCACUGCCGGAGGAGCAUCGACGGUGGUCAAGAAGCAGGACAACAAUCAGCAGGUCCUAAGCCUCGACAAGAACUAUCUGCUGGUGGAUCCGGCCACGGCCGCAGCAGCUGCAGCCGCUGCUGGUGGGGAUUCGGGUCUCGCCCACCACCAUACGUUGACCAACGGCAGCAUUGUUGAUGCAAAGACCGGACAGACGGUGCUGACCGCCGGAUCUGCGGCGGCCAAGUCGCACUUCAGCUCGAUCGGAGCACUGCAUCUCACGCAAGAGGAGUGCAACGAGAUCCUGAUCAAGCGCGCUAUCGCUGCCGGCCACCAUCAGACGCACACGAUCACCGCUGCCGACGGAUCCCAUCACCAUGCGUCCGGCGGGACACCAAGCUUUUGUUCCGUUGGCGGUGCAACAACACUCUUAGGUGACAUACUUCCUGGUAUUUCAGUUCAAGUACAGAAAGUUAUACAAGGACUGGAGGAUAACGAGGACUCGCAAGGCGAAGCACCCAACUUGAAGUUGGAGCCAGGCACAUUAGAGUUGUCCCCUAAGACCGAACUACAGGAAUCAAUGCAUUUCAGCGAAACGGACGCCACCAUCAAGAAGGAACGCCCGUACAGUUGCGACGAGUGCGGCAAGUCCUUUCUGCUCAAGCACCAUUUGACAACCCACGCACGCGUACACACAGGUGGUGAACGCCCCCACAUCUGCACCCAUUGCGGCAAGAGCUUCGCGCACAAGCACUGUCUCAACACUCACCUGCUGCUCCACUCCACGGAGAGACCUUAUCAGUGCCAGGAGUGCAAGAAGAGCUUCACCCUCAAGCACCAUCUGUUGACCCAUUCGCGCGUCCACAGCCGAGAGCGACCGUUCGUCUGCCAGGAGUGCGGACGCGCAUUUCCGCUUAAGCGACACCUGGUCACGCACAGCAAGUUCCACGCCGGCGAACGACCGUAUGUCUGCGAAGAAUGUGGUGAGAGCUUUGCGCAGGAAAACCACUUGAUUAUGCACUCGCGCUUCCACGGUUCAUUGAAUCCAUUUGUUUGCGCCGAAUGCGGAGCUUCAUUUCCACGAAAGUUCCAAUUGGUUAACCACGGACGUAUUCACGGCAAGAUUCCCCAUUCGUGCACUGUAUGCGGCAAAGAGUUUCUACAAAAGCGAACGCUAGUUUCCCACAUGAGGCGGGUACAUACCGGCGAACAGGCCCAUCCCUGUGUCAGCUGUGGCGAGGGAUUCCUCACCAAGGCCGAACUGCACCAGCAUGUGAGGACGGCGCACAAUGGCGUCAAUCCUAACACGAGCAGUGCCACCAUCAUAGCAAAUCAACAGCAGCUACAGCAGGCCCAUCAUCAUCAGGCCGGACAGCAAACGCAUCCGCAGACCAUUACCGUGGUGAGCAAUCCGGGUAACUCUACGUUACUGACUGUAUCCACCACGGAUGCCAAUGGCGUGGCCCGACCGCAGUUUGUGUGCCGCGAGUGCGGUAGCGCUUUCAACAGCCGAGAAGCCUUGGCACUUCACUUGCGCCUUCACACUGGCGACAAGAGCCUAAUGACAGAUCUGUGUGCCUUGACAGCCGCGCUGCCGGGUCACUUCUUGAGCACGGCUAGCCUGAAUCCGGGCACCGUGGUCACGGCCAAUCCGAAUCUGGUGGGCCAGAGCCCUGUGCCAGUCCAGAUCAUAUCGUCCACCGGUCAGGUGAUGUCGCAGACCACGCUGGUGCAGGCCGCCAACUCGACCCAUCCACAAGCCGUAGUCACCGCGGUGCCUACGAUGCCCGUGCAUGGCCAGCAGCAGCAUCUGCAGCAUGUGGCCCAACAGCAGCAGCAACAGCAACAACAGCAGCAACAACAGCAUGUUGUCUCCGUGGCGCCGGCCAACAAACCGAAGUCGCAUUUCUGCGCCAGCUGCGGUAAAGGAUUCGCCGCCAAACACGGACUCAUGCAGCACAAUCGGCGACACCCGAACGGCGGCUGCACGGUGCGCACACACGUGUGCGAGUGCGGCAAGGCCUUCUUCCAGAAGAACCACCUGAUGCUGCACCAGCGCCAGCAUCUGGAGACGAAGCCAGCCAUAUCGCAGCAACAGGAGGCCGCCGCCCAGCAGCAACUGGCGACUGCCAGCGAACAGCAGCAGGUGCAGGUGCAGAUAAUGCCUGAUGGCCAGAUUCACGGAAAGGUAAUCAAGUACGAGAUCUGCCGCAAUGUGUUGCCGGAGGAUCAGCAGGAGCAGGCGGACAUGAGCGCGGAGUAGUUGAGAUAAAUUGUAAAUACAUGGGACGUGCAACAGCAACAACAGUAACACAAAAGUAGCAACAGCAUCAGUAGCAACAGCAUCAGCGCAUAAAGAAACACCAGCACACUUGGACGUGGACAGGCAGAUCCCUACCAGAGAGGUCAUCGGAGUGGGGCGUAUGCGUCGUAAGCGAUUCCCUUAAAUGUAAUAUUUUAGUUAGCCUUAGGUUAGCGGUUAAGUGAUCGCAUUGUACACAUAAAAGUUAACUAGCGUUACAGACAUGAACACACCUUAUAUAAUAUAUAUACAGACAUAUAUAGGUUUACGUAUAGAAAGUAUCUGUUAAUUUUUGCGAUGCCUUGGUCGCAUCUAAAACAACAACCUGUAUGAGUUGCAAGUUUUAAAGCGUUACGUUCAAUUGGUUUUACGCAUUACACGAGUUUUAAUAACACAACUUAUACACAAACUUAUAUUCAAAUAGACGAAAAAUAUUUAUGCUUAAGUAUAAACUGUAUACAUAUUAACAUGAAACAUAGACGACUACGGAUAGUACUAGACACUAGACACAUGCGUUGCACUUGAAUACGUAACCAGCUGCCCGAAUCCGGACGUGGGUGUUUGCGUGGUCCUCCUCGUGGGCGUGCACUUGGGUCUGGCUAUUCCUGCCCAGCAUCGCGUUGGUGCAGCACUUUUCGAAUGUACAUACUGAAACCGGAGCUCGCUGCAAGCCCAAGCAAAUGCAGAACAGGUCUAAAAGUGCGCAGACACUCCAGUUGGAGUCUGGGGUCUAAGGAAUGUGGAGUAGGUGCCUGGCACAAAAACUAGCUAACACAGAUAACCAACACGAGAGGCGAGAGAAAUCUUUAACGUAGGUGACUGCAAUUGUUUGACAACCCAAAAACAAAAUCUAGCAAACGAGAAACUUAAAAAUUAUUCAAUGCAAAUAGAACACGAGAAGCAGCUAAAAAGAACAGACACUCUUAUAUCCGACCCACAUCAUCCAAUGCACGCUUGGCGACGUAUAUCACACUGUAAAAAAUCUACAUUAAGUCUUAGGAGCGAGUUAAAAAGCUAAAAAGCAGACGGAACAUAAUUGGUAAUUAUCGUAAUCGGAUAAAUGAAACAAUAAAUAAUGAACCUACACUAAGCAUAUAUUUUAAUAUGUAAGCCUUAAAGAAAUAGAAAAGGAAAAAUAUGAAUUAUAAUAAACAAACCAACGUGUAAUUGCAA